CAAUAAUGGAGGCUACUGUUUCCUUGCUCCUUGCCUCUAGCCCUCCACAACACCGUUCUCCAUUCCAUAUCCCCCAUAUAUCAAGAACUCGGGCUACCCCCCAGAUCCAAUUCCCCAGCAUCAGAAGCAACUGCAUGUACUUCUGCACAGGUAGCCACGAGAGACCAAAAACUAAGCUGCGAUGAAGAAGACCGUCGUCCUGUACCCCGGCCUCGCCGUCAGCCACUUCGUCCCCAUGCUGCAGCUCGCCGACGUCCUUCUGGAGGAGGGCUACGCCGUCGUGGUCCCGUUCAUCGACCCCACUGAGAAAGGAGAUAUCGCCUUGGCCGCCGUCAUCGACCGUGUCGCCGCCUCCAAGCCGUCCGUGGUCUUCCACGUGUUGCCAAGGACCGAGGACUCUCCAUGCACCUUUGUCCACGACUCGGAGUUCAUCGUCAGGUACUUGGAAAUCGUGGGCCGCUACAGCCAGCACCUCCACGACUUCCUCCUCUCCAUGCCUCCUGGCAGCGUCCACGCCCUGAUCGUCGACAUGCUGUCUAUCGAGGUGCUCGACGUCACCACCAAGCUCGGCAUCCCGGCUUACGCCUUCUUCCCCCCGAAUGCCUCCGCCCUUGCCGUGUCCGUCCAGGCUGCAUCACUUCAUUCAGAAGGGCAGCAGCCAAGUUUCGGGGAGCUAGGAGACGCGCCUCUAAACAUCCAUGGCGUGCCACCUAUGCCAGCUUCCCAUCUCAAUGCUGAAAUGCUCGACGAUCCAGGGAGUGCCACUCUCAAGGCAACGGUGAACAUGUUUCGCAGAAUACAAGAAGCCAAUGGAAUACUAGUGAACACGUUUGCAUCCAUCGAGCCUCGUGCGGUGUCAGCCCUCAGCGAUCCACGGAGUUUCCCGAAAAUGCCUCCGGUGUACUGCAUCGGGCCGUUGGUCACCGGUAAGGGCAGCCAGGGAACAGAGAAGAAGCACGAGUGCCUGGCAUGGCUCGACGAGCAGCCGGAGCAGAGCGUAGUGUUUCUCUGUUUUGGAAGCACAGGCGCCGGCAACCAUUCAGAGGAGCAGCUAAAGGAGAUAGCCACUGGCCUGGAGAGGUCCGGCCACCGGUUCCUGUGGGUGGUGCGCGCGCCUCCCCACGACGACCCGGAGAAGCCGUUCGACUCCCGCGCGGACCCGGACCUCGACGCGCUUCUGCCCGCGGGUUUCUUGGAGAGGACCGGCGGUCGCGGCCGCGUCGUCAAGCUGUGGGCGCCGCAGGUGGAGGUGCUCCACCACGCGGCGACAGGGGCGUUCGUGACGCAUUGUGGGUGGAACUCGGUGCUGGAGGGGAUCAUCGCGGGGGUGCCGAUGCUCUGCUGGCCUCUGUACGCGGAGCAGAAGAUGAACAAGGUGUUCAUGGUGGAGGAAUAUGGAGUCGGGGUGGAGCUGGUCGGUUGGCAGCAGGGACUGGUGAAGGCCGAGGAGGUGGAGGCCAAGGUGACGUUGGUGAUGGAGUCGGAAGAAGGCAAGCUGCUCAGGGCACGGGUGUCCAAGCACAAGGAAGGUGCGGCAAUGGCAUGGAAGGAUGGCGGUUCGUCGCGCGCUGCGUUUGCCCAGUUCCUGUCGCACGCAGGCAACGCCACGGGCAGGGGCUGAGCCUGACACGCCCUUGAUGCCGGAGGUCAGCACCAAAUUGGUGGUAGCUUUCCUAUCUUUCAUCUUUGUAUCUUGGACCAAGACAAAUAAUAUAGCUCGCUACUGGUUGUGUGAACGAAUCCACCUAUUAGCUCACACAUACGGUAGUUAGCUCACAUGAUUCUUAUGCUUGUGUAUAAACUAUUUGUGAAGUUAUAAUGUAUUGAUUUAUUUAUUUCACUGGCCUUAAGUAAA